GCGGGGAACAGCGCCGAGCUCGCCCUCGCAGGCAGAUCCAUGUCUUGUUUUCCUGCGCGCCCCUGUUUCUCACGGAGAGGCAGCGGGCGGAAUCAGUGCGACCGACGAGGGGGAGAGAGGAGACGGAUAGCGGUACUCCAGAGGACUAGGGAUGUACACCAAACACAGGCAGAAAAAUAUCCCGAUCGCAUCGACGGAAUGUGGACGCUCGAUAUUAUUUGCAUUCCUAAUACUACUGAACACCGUACUGGAAACUGUGAGCGGAGAAGCCGGAGAACAAGGGGAGCUCCGGGGACAGAUCGUGGUGCCGUACUGGGUCUCCACGGGGCGGAGCAAGAGGGAGGUCAGGAUUCCGCCACAGGUGCGGUUCCCGGACAAAGGGGAGAUAGCGCUGACGGCGGAGGGCAGGGAGCUGCUGCUGCAGCUGGAGCGUAAUCGUCAGCUCCUGGGGCAGGACUUCACAGAGACCCACUAUGCGGCAGACGGGACACCUGUGACCAUCACGCCCAACUACACCGAUCACUGUUACUACCAUGGGCAUGUUAGCGGAUACACUGACUCCUGGGUGGCUCUCAGUACCUGCUCUGGAAUAAGGGGCCUGAUCAUCUUGAACGCAAACGACAGCUACUACCUUGAGCCAAUCAGAGGGCUGGACUCUCCUCGUCACAUGAUGUACCGCACAGAGCAUAUGCCGGUCAGGCAGGGCACGUGUGGACACGGGCACCAGACAGGCCACCCGGACAUCUUCUCCAGUCUUCUUAAACCUUUGCAUCAAAGGGUGAGACGGAACACCUGGGGCACCACCAAGUACAUGGAGCUGUACAUCGUCGCCGACAACAUGCUGUACAAAAGGCAAAACAGGGACAUUGACAGAACCAAGCAGAGGAUCAUGGAAAUAGCCAACUACGUCGAUAAGUUCUACAGGGCCCUGAACAUCCGGGUGCCGCUGAUUGGGCUGGAGGUCUGGACAGACCGGGACCAGUGCAUCGUGAGCGAGGAGCCCAACGCCACACUGUGGUCCUUCCUGCAGUGGAGGCAGAAGCUCAAAUCCCGCAAAAAGCACGAUAAUGCCCAGCUCCUUACGGGGGUGAUCUUCAAGGGGACCACCAUCGGGAUGGCGCCACUGGAGGGCAUGUGCAGCCACGAGAACUCCGGAGGGAUCAAUGUGGACCACUCGGAGUUGCCCAUUGGGGCCGCGGCCACCAUGGCUCACGAGAUCGGGCACAACUUUGGCAUGAGCCACGACAACGAUGGCUGCUGCGUGGAGGCCACGCCCGAGCAGGGCGGCUGCGUCAUGGCCGCUGCCACAGGGCACCCGUUCCCUCGUGUCUUCAGCCGCUGCAGUAAAAGAGACCUGGACAACUACUUCCAGAAGGGCGGCGGCAUGUGCCUCUUCAACAUGCCCAACAUGAAGGACCUGGUGGGGGGCAAGCGGUGUGGGAACGGCUUCGUGGAGGAGGGCGAGGAGUGCGACUGCGGGGAGCCCGAGGAGUGUGCCAACGCCUGCUGCAAUGCCAACAACUGCACGCUGAGAGCGGGGGCGCAGUGUGCCCACGGAGUGUGUUGCGAGGACUGCAAGCUGAAGCAGGCCGGGACCAUGUGUCGAGGCCCAGCGGGGGCGUGUGAUCUGCCCGAAUACUGCACGGGCGCUUCACCCUACUGCCCCUCCAACGUGUACCUGCUGGACGGCUCCUCCUGCCAGUACGCCCGCGCUUACUGCUACAACGGCAUGUGCCUGACCCACGAACAGCAGUGCCUGCAGCUGUGGGGACAGGGUGCUCGUCCCGCUCAUGACGCCUGCUUCCAGGAUGUUAAUGCUGCGGGGAACGCCUUCGGCAACUGCGGCAAGGACGGCCAGGGGAACUACAAGAAGUGUGAGAAAAGCGAUGCCAAGUGUGGCAAGAUCCAGUGCCACAGCGCCGCCAAGAAGCCGAAGGGCACCAACGCCGUGUCCAUUGACACCACCAUCCGCACCGACGGCAUGGAGGUCAAGUGCCGCGGCACCUACGUCUACACCACCCAGGAUGGGCAGGGCGACCUCCCUGACCCCGGGCUGGUCAUGACCGGGACUAAGUGCGGCGAGGGCAAGGUGUGUCAAGACCGUCACUGCCAAAAUGCCUCCUUCACAGAGCUGGAGCGUUGCAUCGCUCGUUGCCACGGACACGGGGUGUGCAACAGCAACGGCAACUGCCACUGUAACCGAGGCUGGGCCCCGCCCUUCUGCGAGAAGCCAGGCCUAGGGGGCAGUGUAGACAGCGGUCCUGUGCAGUAUGAUAGUCAGCUGGGCAUGGUGGUGGGACUGCUCUUUGCCUUCCUCGUCCUGCUGCCUGGCAUUCUCAUCGCUUUCUACUGCUACAAGACCAAGACCUCCCUGCUCCAUAAGUGGCUGGCCCAGAGGGAGAAGACCAAGCAGAACAGAAAAGAUGCGUCUGAGCAGAAGGUAAAGAACGGACACCUGAAUCCAGCGUUCCACCUAAAGGUGGUCGGGUCAUCUGGCAAGAGCAGCAACAACAAGAAGCUUCCUCACACCAGCAAGGAGGUCCUGCCCCUCAGACCUGGCCCCACCCCCAACGGAACCCAGCCUGUCAAUAUUGUCCGCCCGUUGCGCCCCGCCCCCUCUCCUUCCCCCUCCCCCCACACCCAGCACGACCACCGAGUGGCUCGACCACCUCUCCCCAUAGGAAAGCCCCCCACCGGUCCCCCAAAGUCCCCAGCACCCCCCCUCAAGCUCAGCCCACCCAAGAAGCCCCUGCCAGUCAACCCAGCAAGGGCACCAUUGCUGGUGUCAGAGUUGCAGCCCAGGCAUUCACCGUCCCCACCCCAGAGGCCCCUCCCCCUUAGCCCCGCCCGAGGGGCGCCGCCCAAGCCCUCUAGCGGGCUGCUGGUGAUGAUGCCCCCUGCUGUUGGCCCCAAACCUGUGGUCAAGGUGUCAGCCAUCUCUCCGCUCAGGGCACUCAGGCCUGUCCCAGGAGUCAAACCAAACACAGCCUCCUCCCCAUUCCGAAAAUGACCCUCACAGCACAGGAGAGCUGGGACCGCAGUCAGACUUUUUGCACUAUAAAGCCCAUGUUGGAGAGCCAGUACAGGGUGAGGUGCUGUCCAGCAGAGGGUGCCGUUGAGGCGGAGGAGGGGAGCGGGGAGGCCAGAGGUUGCCCCCUAGUGGUUCAGCCUCAUCUCUGCAAGGUAUGAUACGUUCGGCUUGGAGAUGACCUCGAGCAGCUGGUGAGACGACGCGGAUCUGCAGCAAGGAGCUGCGGACUGAGACUGACAGCUAAAGGGGUGGAGUUUAGACCGGCUGUUGUUGUGCCAAAUUCCGGUAUCUCGAUGGGUCUAAUGCGCCAUAUGUAUAACCAUAGCAUUUUUUAAAAAAUAUUGUUAUUAUUGUUAUUGUUGUUGUCUGAUUGUUUUCUUAAUGUAAAUGUAACGUGCCAAAGAGUUCUAUGUUUGUCCAUUUUGCAGGAUUCAUUGCUGUAUGAAGUUUUUAUUGUUACAUUCCAUAAAAUCCACAGGUUUACAGACCACCAAGCAAUCACAAAACCUUACGCUCGAAUUUUAUAUUUAAAGCGUAGCCUUUCUGAUGGCAUCCGUGCUUGCAUAGAAAAAAAAAUUAACAUUCUACAGACUUGAACUAAAACAGUGUUCAUAGUUGAUUUAGUUUUGCUUUUGUUCUGCUGUUACGGUGUCUCCUCUGUCGUGUGAAGGAUGCUGAUUUGUAUUCCUAAAAAAUCCUGUGCAAGAGCAGGAAAGAAAAUGCCCUUCUUUCAAAGUGAUCACAGGCACAAAUCUGGGAGGAUCCACCUGAGAAACCAGGACGGUUAGGGGUGUAGCAUGUAAUUCCAUGAUGGGGUUAUCGCAUCACAGGGAGCUAGAUUGUGAAGAUCAGUAAUCGCACUCACACAUACUGGUAAAGGAUCUCUACCUCAGUGCAGACUCCUCUGCAGCUGUAGCCUUUGCAGCUGCAGUUUCAGCUGUAAAGACAUAUCAAUGGAGAUGUCGAAAAUCCCAGUGCAAAUUUAACCAACUGGCUUGAACCCUGUAUUCCUGCAUUCCUGUGAGAUUUAUGGCAGAUUAUAUUACUCUCUUCAAAAAGAGUGGUUCGCUCCACCUGACAUCGUAGCCUUGAAUCUACCCCAGCCUACUGUGUCUGACAUUAGAUCAACACUCCAGACUGCUCACCCCCUCCCAGAAAAUGUACUGACAACAACAAAAAAAGACGGAUGUCUUGAACCUGAAGGAGAAGCAGUUUGAAGUUUACAUUUUUAACCAUCACGGUCUACAGAUGUGAUCAAAUGCCGGAGUUAAAAUUUAUUCAUUCCGUCUGAUAUUUCAGGAGAGGCACAAUCUCCUCUCCUGCUGAGUUUAAUAUGUUCCGGGCUCCUUUAAUCUGCCUUUAUAGGCCACACGUUUUAGUGCCACAAACAGGUACACAGUGUACGAGCCAUGGGCUGUCUCAGAAACUGUAACCCCACUGUCACCCCGACUCCCCGACACACACACACACGCACGCGCACACACACACACACACACACACAAAC